ACUGGCCAAAGAAAGGAGCCACAGUCGGCAGCUGGCUCAGGCCCUGGCCACAAAAAUUGUAGUUGCCGCAGGAGAGAGUAGAGACACAGCCACUACCUCCGAUGAGGGGCUUCCCUUUUAUGAGUCACCAUUCCUUGAGUGGGGUGAGUUGCUUGGUAAUGUUGAUAGGCCACUCCAUUUUUUCUUACAUCCAUCUGUGCAUCUCCUUCUAUUUAGAGAAUGCACCCUAUCCAAUGAAGGAUGUUCACUGCGGCCCAGUUUCAGUGCCUUCAACUUCUGGCACAGGAUGCCCAUCUACACAGCGUGCGUUGCCUGCUAAAGUACUAGUGGAUCAAGCUCUGGUACCGCCAGUUGACCAAGUACUGGCAAACCAAGUGCCAACAUGUCCUGCUGAGAGAGUGCAGACUGUGCCGACUCCUCCCGCAGCUCUCUUGCCAGUGGCUGACGUCCCGCCAGUCGGUCAACAACAAGGACUUCAGCUGCCAGUGCCUGUUUUGGACAGGGAAGAUCCCACACCACCGGCUUUUUCUGAGGAAGAUGGCAUGGUACACCUCGGUGGCAAGAUAAAGCUUUCGAAGCUAAAGAUUGAUGAUUUAGUAGACAGACUCCCUCCCAAACGAUAUGUGAAAGAUUUGUGCAGGUGUAUUUAUACUCACGAAGAGAUGUGCGCGAGAAGUGUGACCGGUGCCCCCUGCCGGAGUCAUUUGAAGGAUGGGGCAAAGGGGAAGCUGCCGGUAACCCCAAUGAAACUGCUGGCCCUUGCAAAUGGUCUCAUGUACUACGAGGGAGCCAAACCCACCGAAGCUCGGCACACGGGCCCCGAACUUCAGAAGAUUGUGCGGGAGGUUUUAAAGGAGUUCCUGCCCGACAACGCAAGACAAGGCACAAGAAGGAGGGAACCACCGGCACCCAAAGAAUAAAUGUGCAUGCUUGGGUGAAACAGCACACAAGAUUUACACCCAAGCCUCCAUCCUCUCAAUAAAUGUUCCUCGAGGCAUUUAGGCAUAA